CACCUAAUCCUUCACCAACCCCAUAGCCUGUGCCUCCACCUAAAUCCCCAUUUCCUCCUCUAAAUUCAUUUCCCAUACCACCAAUGCCACCUGUGGUGUCACCACCUGCACCCAGUGCAACUCCACCUACACUGCUUUCACUUAACCUUCCAGAGCUGAGUCCUACACCACCAACCCCAGAGUCCAAACCCUUAGGACCAACACCUAAAACCACAGGACCAGUGCCCACGUCACCAGCACCUCCUCCUCCAGUUCCAACAUUGGGACCAGUGCUUCUAGGACCUAAACCACCAGCUCCAACACCAGUCAUCUCUCCAGUACUGACUCCUCCAAUGCCAAUACCAGGACCAGUGGUUUCGAAACCUGAACUACCAACGCCAAAUCCUUCAAUGCCAGUACCAGUGCUUCCAAAACCUAAACCACCAACACCAACUCCUCCAACACCAGCGCUAAGACCAGUGCUGCCAGAACCUAAACCACCAGCACCAGCUCUAGGUCCUUCAAUACCUGAGCUAGGACCAAUGAUUCCGGAAUCUAAACCACCAGUGCCAACUCCUCCAACACCAGCGCUAAAACCAGUGCUACCAGAACCUAAACCACCAGCACCAGCUCCAGCUCCAGAUCUUUCAAUACCUGAGCUAGGACCAAUGAUUCCGGAAUCUAAACCACCAGUGCCAACUCCUCCAACACCAGCGCUAAGACCAGUGCUGCCAGGACCUAAGCCACCAGCACCAGCUCUAGGUCCUUCAAUGCCAGAGCUAAGACCAGUGCUUCCAGAAUCUAAACCACCAGCACCAAUUCCUCCUGUACCAAAACCAGUGCUUCUAGACCCUAAACUGCCCAUGAUGACAUCAYUAUUUCCUCCAACGCUGACUCUUCCACUGGCAUCAGUGCCCAUACCCCUACUGUUUGUGCUGACAUCUAUCCCUCCUGCUCCUGACUCUUGACCUACCCUACCUCUAGCACCUGUCCUAUCGACUAGACCUCCAUCACGACCGUAUCCGGGGUCUCCUGUAACUGUGUCCUUACCCAUUUCUACACCAUUGACAAUGCCUCCAACUCCUCUUCUUCUAUCCCCCAUCAGUCCACCACCCAUUCCACCCACAGCAUCCAUGCUUCCUCCACUAAG